AUGGAUGUCACCCGCCUGCUCCUGUCCACCCUACUAGUCUUUCUAUGCUUCCUCACUGCCUGCAGCCACCUGGCACUUGAGGAAAAGCCCAAAGAUGACAGAUGCCUGAGGAGCAACUCCUCCAAGAAUCUACUGGAUUUCCCCUCUGUCUCUAUUGUGGCACUGAACAAGAAAUCCAAAACAAUCAGCAGAAAAGAAGCAGAAAAAAGGAAAAGAUCUGCCAAGAAAAAGGCUUCGAUGAAGAAGAAAGUGGCGCGGCCCCGGCCCCCGCUGCCAGAGCCCUGCGUGGCCACCCGCGACAGCUGCAAGCCUCCGGCGCCUGCCUGCUGCAAACCGUGCGCUUCCUGCCAGUGCCGUUUCUUCCGCAGCUUCUGUUCCUGCCGCGUGCUCAACCCCAACUGCUGACCGCGCCCCUCCCCCGCAGUGGGCUGGGACUGGGCUCCCGAGAUCUGGGGGCGCUUCUAGGCCUGGGGAUCUCUCGAAGGUGUGGCUUUCUGGGACUGGGUGCGGUGGAGCUUUAAGGAGGCAGGGCUUCCAGGAGAAAGAGCUUUUCGCUAAAACCACAAUACAGUAUCUGAAGGUUGCCGGAA